GCUUCCAUGUCGUUCCGCCAUCUUGAAAAACUAUAAUAGCAGAGAGGGUCAAAAAGUACCACCAGCCAAACGCGUUUCCACAACGCGUUUUCGUUCAGACUCAGAGCCAGCGUCACGUCACAUUGAGAGGCGCAUUCCCUGAAUUGCUCUCCUAUGAUUGCUGAUUGCUCUAUUAUUUGUAAUGGCGGACCAUACAUAUGCCGAGUCACAGGAGAAUGCAUCUUCCACGCAAAAAAAGGCAAGACUGGAACGAAAAAGGAAACGUGACCGGAGAUUGCAAAAAACGAGAGUAAAUAUCGGGAUCGCGUUUUCAAGGUGGAAAGAGCUAAUGCAGCAUAAAGAUUUCAGAAGAGACGCUGAAGUUGCCUGCUUUCUCCUCGACAGUUAUGAGAGUACCCUUUUGAGUGGUAAUACAUCAACCCCCAUCAAGGCAAAAUGUGUUCAAGUGGCAAAUGCUCCAGCGUUGUCAAGCAUUUCCAGUGGGACAGAUGGAGCUGAACAACAAAGUGCACCGGAAGUUGAAACCCUUGAACAGAGUAUGCAUGACAUGAGUAUUGUUGAAGAGGAGUUGAAUGAAAAUGCCUUCAAUGACCCCAUGAACAGUGUGAUUGAUUUGGAAGAAGAAGGACCCUCAUUUCAUGGUUACCUGGACGACAGCUCUGAUGAGGAAUACCUUCCAACAAUUUCAUUGCGAAUGGGUGGUGCAAUGAAGGGAGCACAGGUAAUUGACAAUCUGCCAACUAUUGGGAUUGAUGAGACUGUGCAUGAUCUGCCUGCCCCUGAAGUCCCUCUCGAUGAGCCCUUGAGUCUCGAGCUGCCGAUUUUGCCAGGCCCUCAGAAGGUCCUCAGUGAGGAUGACAUUAUUGGCGUUAGAGCAGCUGUGCUCUAUGAGAACUGCUUGAGGCAGCUUGUCACAUUUUUAACUCUUCCCGUGAACAGAUGCACUGGUGUCUUGAGGACUGGUUUAGUGUGUGACAGUGUUGCCCCAUUUUCAACAAACAUCGGCAUCAGGGGCACUGCGAUGAGUGUUGAAUGGAUCUGCCCCAAUGGACAUUGCCUAUGGCGGUGGAAUUCACAGCCUGUGUUGAAGUUUGGCAUGCAGGCUGGGGACUUUCUUCUUUCCACUAACAUUUUACUUUCUGGAAACAACUACACUAAAGUUGCUCUCCUAUUUAAAUUCAUGAACAUACAAAUGGUAAACACCAACACACACUACACCAUCCAGGACACCUACUGUGUUGACACUAUUAAAGAUUUUUGGGAAGAGAAGAGGUCUGAAUCCAUCAGCCGACUAAAAGGGAAAGAUGUUGUGCUCCUAGGUGAUGGCAGAAAUGACUCACCAGGGCAUUCUGCCCAAUACUGUAGCUACACAACCAUGGAGCUUGACUCUAAGGAAAUCAUCCAUGUGGCCACUAUAGACAAGCGGCAGACCAACUGGAACUCCAACAUCAUGGAGAAGGAGGGUUUUAUCCAGACAGUGGACAAGCUUACGCAAGAGAUCAAGGUAGUGGAGUUCUGCACGGAUGCUCAUGUCCAGAUUGGAGCCCUUUUGAACCCAGAUAAAGGAAAAUAUAAGGAUCUGAAAAUUCACCACAGCCUGGACAUGUGGCAUGGUGCCAAAAAUUUGUGCAAAAAAAUAGCAACCGCGGGAAAGGUGAAAGGACAGUCUAUUCUCCUUCACUGGCUGAGGGAUAUAGUUAACCAUUUCUGGUGGUGCUGCAAGACGGCAGAAACAUUUGAGCAGUUUCUUGCACUUUGGAUUGGAGUUUUGCAUCAUGUUUGCAACAAUCACACCUGGGAAACAGGAAGCUGCCAACACGACCACCAUGAAGACACUCAGGAUAAAGAGUGGAUUGAGAGAGAUUCAAAGAGCCAUAAAGCGCUUGUGGAGAUCGUCCUCAACAAGCGUUGGCAGAAGGAUGUCCACAAGUAUCUGCGCUUCAGAUCGACAGCACAUCUCGAGUCUUUUCAGAAUCACAUUCUGAUGUAUGCCAGCAAGCGCCAGGCCUUCACUCCCCGAGUGUAUGACACGAGAGUUGUGCUCGCAGCCCUGGACUACAAUUUCCACCGGGAACGACCGGCAUACAGGACGGCUGAGGGCCAACAAGUUUAUAGGAAGAAGUACAAUAAAAAUGCCAGAAGAUAUAGCCUUUACACCAUGAAGUGUACAAAAUCAUAUGGUUACAUCCCUGAGAUACAAGCACGCAUCUUGAAGGCGAGAGUCACAAGUGGAAUUGGGAUGCCGCGAAAGAGGUCCCUAAGAGCAGAUGACCCAAGGCGUCUUGGUGUUGUGCCACCGAUACCGCCACCAUCAACAUCAGAGCUGAUGCAUACACAGGUCACCAGAGGUCUGGGAUCUACCUUCCAUGCUAUUACCAACUUGGAGACAGAACUUCAAAGAAUACAACAUAUAUAAAUCGAUAUUACUAUUUACAAAACUUUUUUAGAUCCCUGGAAUGUAGCCAGUGUAUUGUGCCUGAGGGUCUGGGAAUUUUUCCCUAAUCCUGUAAACACAGCAGCUUGGAAUGACUCUCCUGUUCCCCUGUCCUAAUGAGCCAUGCUGCCAGAAAAUAAAGUGUCUAUAAGCUGCAUGCCUGUA